CCUUGCCUUUGUUCCGCUUGAGCAUUCAUGGGUUGAUGGGGAAGGACAGCAAGGACACCAAGGAGAAACAGGAUGAAUGGGAGCUCCUCAAUCGGCUCUCGGCCAAGGAGCUUCGGAUCCUGGCGGCCAGGAAGUGUGUGCCCCUCACACAGAUUUCCACCGCAGUGGAGAAGAUCGACUUGAUCAACCUCAUCGUGAAAGCCGGGCCCGUCUUGGAUCAGUACGACGUGAGCGUGGGGGUGAAGGUGUGGACAGCGGAGUCCAUUGAGAAUCACCAGCCAGGCGAAAAGAAGGCCAAAGCAAAGAAGAAGGAGAAGAAAGAAAAGAAAGAAAAAGCACUGGCGCUCGAGGAUAAGAAGAGAAAGAAAGGCUCCUCCGACAGCGAUGCGCCCAAGGUGCCCAAGGUGCCCAAGGACAAGAAAAGGAGCCCGAGCCGCAAGAAAGGUUCGAGGAGCCCUAGCCUCACCAUGAUGCUCCCAGCGGAGGCACCGGCGCAGGUGUCGAACCCCGAGGCAGCCAUGAAGGCUUUGCUCCCACCUUCAUCGCGCCCUGCACCACCCAAGGCCUUGCCUGCAGCCAAAGUGCCUGCGGGCACCGUCGAGGAUUUGGAUCUCGACGACGACGAGGUCGUGGCGUGUGAAGCCCCGCCCAAAGUGGCGGAGGCUGCCGUGGCGGUGCGCGCAGGCACCGCGGAAGCUGCGCCCAAACGGAGACGGGCGGUGGAGAUCCAGGUGGUCGAAGUUGAAGAUGGCAAAGACGAGGAAGCCAAGGACCGACGGCGGAGGGCGAGAAAGGAGAAGGAAGCGAAGGAGAAAGAGGCAAAGGAGAGUGAGGCUAAGGAGAAGGACCUGAAAGAGGCAGAAGCAAAGGAGAAGGAGGUGAAGGAAAAGGAACUCAAAGAGAAGGAGGCGAAGGAGAAGGAGGCAAAGGAGAAGGAACUGAAGGAGAAGGAGCUGAGCGAGAAAGAAACAAAGGAGAAAGAAGGCAAAGAAAAGGUGCCUACGGACAUGUCCGUCCAGGCAAAGCCAAAGAACACGGCCCAGGCGGGUGUGGCGGCUGCCGCCGCGCUGGGCUUCGAUGUGCUGCCCAAGCAGUCAAGCUUCGUGCCACCGACGGCGCCAGCCUUGGGCCUGCGGCCCUCCAUCAACGCGCCGAUUCCCUUGCCAGCCAAUUCCAAUCCAACGCAGAGCCGUGUUUGCGUGCAGUAUCUCUGCUGGGCGCGCUGUGACCGCGGCAGCAAUUGCCCGGAGGCGCACAUCAUGGACCCCGAGGAGGAGAUGCGCGUUCGGGCCAAGUUCAAGUUGCAAGAGUGCAACCAGGGCGCCAGCUGUACUCGCACCAGCUGUUUGUUCAGACAUCCGGGCGAGCAUGUGGAAGAGGCCAGUUUGGGUGCCAAGGCCUUCUGACUUGUUGCGCCUGAAAGCGAAAAGAGACCAUCAUGCGGACCGUCGACCAAUGGACCAAUGGAUAUGGUUUUUGUGCCUCUCCUGCCAUCCCGCUCUAUCUACUAGAGAGAGAGAGAGUAGAGCUAUGUUUUCUGACAGAAAG